AUGAGGUUCCGAAUGACCUGGGUGCACCCCAAUGAUCGUCGGUAUCAGUUAAUCUUGUGGCGUGAAUACCCAUCUGCACCUCUUGUUACGUACGAGUUAGCUACAAAUACUUACGGCCUACGGUCUAGUCCCUACAUUUCCAUUCGUACCCUUUUAGAGCUUGCUGAACGUGAGCGCUCAUCAUACCCACGAGCAGCUGCUGUUCUGGAAAAUGAUAUUUAUGUUAAUGAGUGCCUAACCGGAGCGAGUUCACUCGGUGAAGCUCAAAUAUUAAAAACAGAACUUCAGUCCCUAAUAGCCUGUGGUGGUUAUGAGUUGAGAAAAUGGAUCAGUAAUGAACCCGAAUUGCUCAAAGACAUACCCCUCGAACAUCUACAGGGUCCAUAUGAAUUUCAUGACCCAGAUAACCCACCAACCAUUCCUGUACUUGUUGUAUUUAAAGCCAAAGCGUUUAUACAACGUCUAUGGAUGUCGGGCCUCAACUGGGAUGAUCCUCUUAACCAAUCCCUUUCUGAUGAGUGGUUAUUAUUUGUACAAGACCUGGAGAAUAUCAAACAGCUGAGCAUUCCUCGUCGGAUAUUGCCUGCGGAUGCCACUUCCAUUUCCUUACACGGCUUUUGUGAUGCUUCUGAGGCUGGUUAUGCAGCUGUUGUAUACCUUAGGACUGAAUCCUCUUCUGGCCAUUGCUCCGUCCAUUUCCUCAUUUCUAAGAGUAAGAUUGCCCCUAUACGUACUCGGCUCACAAUUCCCAAGUUGGAAUUGCAAGGAGCUGUGCUCCUCACAAAAUUAAUUCAUCACGUUACCAUCUGUCUGCAGAAGGUAAUCGUGUUGGAUGCUAUCCACAGUUGGACGGAUAGCAAAAUUGUGCUGGCAUGGAUAAAGACUCCUCCUCACCUGCUUCAAACAUUCGAAGCAAACCGCGUGUCUCAAAUCACCUCAUCCGAUUUCCCUUCCGAGUGGCAUCAUGUUCCUGGUUCUAUUAACCCUAGCGAUUGCGCUUCCCGAGGUCUUAGCGCAUCGUCUCUUCUUAACCAUGAUCUAUGGUGGUCUCCUUCCUGGUUGACAGAAACCCCUAAUCAUUGGCCUAUUGGUGCAGACUUAACAAACAAUCCUAUUGAUUCUUUACCUGGCCUUCGCUUAAUUGGAGAAAAUGAGAAGAAAUCUAUAUUAGGUUGGGCCAUGGAAGCAAUUCUAGAAAUAGCAUUUACUUUUAAAGAGGGUUCAAGAUAG